CCAAGCCAUGCGGAUAGCUAUGGCACAGGGAAUGCACACCAACAUGCCAGUUGAUGAUUUAGGACACGACAUGGUACAAAGAUGUGGCAAAAUCUGGUGGACUAUCUACAUUCUCGAUCGAGAGAUGACAUCUUUGAUGGGACUGCCUCAAACCAUCAAUGACCGCUAUGUCCAAACACAGAUCCCAGUGUUUACAGACCCGACAGAGACCAUCUCCCUAGGCAUGCACAUUAAGUUGUCUCAAAUCAUUGCCGAGGUGAACAGCACAAUUUAUGUCAUUGAUGGACGUAUCAACCGCACGUUCCUCCUCAGCACAAAAUCAGCACUGGCAAACAUAGCAGGACUGGCUGAUGAACUUCGUCAAUCGUUCCCAUUACAUUUGGAACCAUCGAGUGGUGUGUCUCGAUUAUCGGCAUACUUACAUCUUCAAUAUCACCAGUGCAUCAUUCUCGCUACCAGACCCCUUCUCUUCUGCUUCCUCAAAAUUCGUUUUGAGUCUCCAGAAUGCUUUCUCGAAACUCUCAAUACCUCCCGCAACGUACAGAACCUGAUGCAAAUGUGUCUUGAGUCUGCCCAUCACAUCAUAAGCAUUCUUAACAGCCUCCAGGGCCAAGGACUACUCGAAACUUUCCUCCCCUUUGACCUAGAAUCCGUAUUUGUCUCAACAGUGAUCCUGUUGAUUGGCCCAGCAAUCGACCCACGUCUCCUCGAAACCCACCCCACCUGGCUUGAAAAAGCCUACUCCAUCUUCGACGAAAUGAUCGGAGAUGGGAAUCAGGUCGCAAACUUCCGACGAGCGGAACUACAACAAUUAGACGAGACUUUACUGGGUUGUGUGUCUGGAAGUCAGUCAGGCCCAUUGGCGGCACCUGCUUUCUAUCAGCAACAUGGUGGCGUACACCACCCAUCAUCCCCGUCAACAUCGAUCUCCGAGUCGAUGGCGCAUCCCUUGCGAUACGAUGCUCUUCUCAAGCCGGUCCAUGAGUUAGAUGGAGAGUGUGAUUUCGGUACGAUGCUGACUUCAGCCGAAAUCAUGGCUGUUGCAGACUCUAUCGAGACGUUUGAUACUGAGUGGGUUUCCAACGCGAUGGUUGAACACAGUAUCUGGUAG